ACGACGAUGACGAUGAACAGCAUGAUAAUGAGGAAGAACAGCAGGGCUUCAGCAUACAGCUAAGAGCCAGUAUGGAGUAUGUGAAAGAGGGGGAUGCUGUCAAUCUCACCUGUGAGACUCCUCCUGGAAAGGCUUUCCACCAGCAGUGGCUGCAUCCCCAAAAACAGGCCAGAGAGGCUGUUCCGAUAAAGUUAGCUUUCCCAGACAAGGUUCAGUACAUCCUCAACAUCCCAAAAUCCUCUGUGGCAGACACUGGACGCUAUGAGUGUUCUGUAACCAACCAGUUCACUGGACAAACCAAGUCCAGCAGCCUGGGGAUCACAGUCCACGAGAGCUCUUUUGUGGAAGUAAUAUCUAAUGGGAUUGGGCCAGCGGAGGUUGCGUCUCUUCUGGAGGAAAAAGAGUUCACCAUUUACAUUGAUGCUGACCCUGAGCCAAAGGUCAGGUGGUUUAAAGAUGGCCUUCAGCUGGAUGACAGCUACAUCUCCACCAAGACCACUCAUCUGGGUGGCCUCAGGUAUGAGAAUAUUCUGGUCUUCCGGCAUCCCAUAGAGGAAGACAGUGGCAUCUAUGAGGUUGUUGCGUCGACUGGCUCCAGGACUUCAAGAUUUUCAUUCAAACUGCUGGUUGAAGCCAUAUACCCUGAGCUGCCACAGUCAGUGCUGGCUCCAGUGAUGUGGCCCCAGAGGGAGAGCAUGGAGGUGUCUCUCCACUCAACUUUCAGACUCACAUGUCGAGGUCAGGCCGAGCUCACUUGGAACAGCCCUUAUCUUCAUGAUCAGACCGACUCUGAAAAGAAAGGACUCUUCAUCUCUACUGUGACUGUUGGCAAUGCGACAGCUGCUCACACAGGAGAAUACAGCUGCAGCUAUGACUUCAGCAACAACACUGAGGAGACCACCAUCUACAUCUAUGUGCCAGAUCCACAAACGCCGUUUGUACCAUCCAUGACACCUUUUGAAAACCAUGUGUUGAGUCAUGAUGAAAUGGAGAUUCCCUGCCGUGUGACAGACCCCGGCGCCAGCGUCUCUCUGAUUCACAUUGAGACCAAUCAGGUUCUGCCCAGUGUCUAUGACAGCAAGAGAGGUUUCGUUGGCCUCUUCAGCGCUGGCACGUAUGUCUGCAGAGCCCUCAUUAAAGGACAGAAGUAUGACAGCAUACAGUACAUCGUUCACGGCUGGACAGGAGGGUCUGAUUUGAGAGUCGAGCUACGAGCAGAGAAGGAGGCUCUGCUGGCGGGUGAGACAAUCACUGUUGACUGUGUGGCCAGAGGUAGCAUGAUGUUGGAGGAUCACUGGAAAUACCCUGGGAAACUGGCGGAUCGAGGAGUAAAGACCGUGAAGGAGAGUGAGCGAGAUCUUGAGAUCCAUUAUACUCUGAGAGUGACUAAUGCCUCACCGAAAGACAGCGGCGUCUACGCCUGCUCCAUCACUAACAUUAACAGCAACGAGAGCCAAACCAAACAGCUCACUAUUACAGUCUAUGAUCAUGAGUUUGUGCACAUAAAUCCAUUGAUUGGUCCAGUGGAGACUACUAGGCUGGACGAGGUGCGAGAGUUCAGGGUGGACAUAGAGUCUUUACCCGCCCCUAAAGUCACAUGGUUAAAGGACGGUUCCGUUCUGGGAGACGUUGCUGCAGAGAUCAGCACCAUCCUCCUGGAAGUCAGCGAUACCAGUUACCAGGGUGUGUUGACCCUGAUCAGGGCUAAAGCAGAGGACAGUGGGAACUAUACCAUCAGGGCAGAAAUAGGCAGCCUGACUACCAGCUACAAUUUCUACCUUCAGGUUAAAGUUCCCCCUGUGAUUGUGGACCUGAUGGACAUCCACCAUGGCUCUGCUGCAGGUCAGGAAGUGGUGUGUACUGUUGGCGGCUCCCCUGUCCCUGACGUGGACUGGUAUAUCUGCAAAAACAUUAAACACUGUGCCAACGAUUCCUCCCAGUGGAUACCGCUUCCGAUCAACUCUACGGACAUCACUGUGGAACUCCAAAUGGAUGUGGACAACCACAUUGAGAGUCACAUAAUUUUCCACCAUCUUGAGAGCACGAUUGCUGUGCGCUGUAUGGCCAGAAAUGACAUGGGUGUUGUUUCACGGGAGGUUAAACUUGUGUCAAAUGGUCCGCACUCAGAGCUCACUGUGGCUGCUGCUGUUCUGGUGCUGCUGGUCAUUGUCGUCAUCUCACUCAUUGUGCUGGUCAUUAUCUGGAAACAGAAACCACGUUAUGAGAUCAGAUGGCGUGUGAUUGAAUCGGUCAGUCCGGACGGUCACGAAUACAUCUAUGUCGAUCCCAUGCAGCUUCCAUAUGAUUCCCGCUGGGAGUUCUCUCGAGAUAGCCUUGUUCUGGGUCGUGUCCUGGGCUCAGGAGCGUUUGGGAAAGUGGUGGAGGGCACUGCUUACGGACUCAGUCGUUCUCAACCUGUGAUGAAAGUGGCUGUAAAAAUGCUUAAACCAACAGCACGCUCCAGUGAGAAACAGGCUUUGAUGUCAGAGCUGAAAAUUAUGACCCACCUGGGCCCUCACCUAAACAUCGUCAAUCUUCUGGGAGCGUGCACCAAAUCAGGACCAAUCUACAUCAUCACAGAGUAUUGUUUCUAUGGAGACCUGGUGAAUUACCUGCAUAAGAACAGAGAUGGUUUUCUCAGCCGCCACACAGAAAAGGGCAAGAAAGAUCUAGACAUCUUUGGCAUCAACCCAGCCGAUGAGAGCAGUAGGAGCUACGUCAUCCUGUCUUUUGAGGGGAAAGGUGAUUAUAUGGACAUGAAGCAAGCAGACACCAUGCAAUAUGUCCCCAUGCUGGAAAUGAGUGAAGCUUCAAAAUACUCUCCCAUCCAGAGAUCAGACUAUGACCAUCCUCCCACUUACAGACAGUUAAUUGACGGUGAAGUUGAGAACCUUCUCUCAGAUGACACCAAUGAAGGCCUGACGACAGUGGACCUCCUCAGUUUCACCUAUCAGGUGGCUCGAGGGAUGGAGUUCUUGGCCUCUAAGAACUGUGUACACAGAGACUUGGCUGCACGUAAUGUCCUGCUGUCUCAAGGCAAGAUAGUGAAGAUCUGUGACUUUGGGCUGGCCAGAGACAUCAUGCACGAUAACAACUAUGUCUCCAAAGGAAGUACUUUUCUUCCAGUGAAGUGGAUGGCCCCUGAGAGUAUUUUUGAUAACCUGUACACUACACUCAGUGACGUCUGGUCUUAUGGCAUCUUAUUAUGGGAGAUCUUCUCUCUUGGAGGGACGCCUUAUCCAGGUAUGGUUGUGGAUUCCAGCUUCUACAACAAGAUCAAGAGUGGAUACCGAAUGGCGAAACCCGAGCAUGCUUCCAGUGAAGUCUAUGAGCUUAUGAUGAAGUGUUGGAACAGUGAACCAGAGAAGAGACCGUCUUUCCACAGCCUGAGUGAUACGGUGACCUCUCUGCUGCCCUCAGGAUAUAAGAGGUGUUAUGAACGCGUGAAUCAUGACUUCCUGAAGAGCGAUCACCCCGCUGUGACUCGGGUGCAGUGUAUUGACAAUGAUGAUGCGUACAUGGGCGUGCUCUACAAGAACCAGGGCAAACUAAAGGACCGCGAGAGCGGCUUUGAUGAACAAAGACUCAGCUCUGACAGCGGUUACAUCAUUCCUCUGCCGGACCUCGACCCACUGUCAAAUGAAGACUACAGCAAGAGGAACCGCCACAGCUCUCAGACGUCGGAUGAAAGCGCAAUAGAGACAGGCUCUAGCAGCUCCAUGACCAAGCGUGAAGGAGAGACCCUGGAGGACAUCACCUUGCUGGACGAGAUGUGCUUAGACUCAGGAGACCUGGUGGAGGACAGUUUCCUGUAAGAGAAAGAUGCAAAGAGAGAGAGAAAGACAUCUACAGACAAAUUUUACUCUGAUUCAUUACAAGUUCAUGGAUCUCUCCCUGCAUCCUUCAAUCAUAUUUUCCUCACUACACUCUAUUGGAGCCUUCAGAAGAAGAAAAAAAACUUUGAUGCGUGAAUGUCAUUGAUGUUUUUGGAUUAGACAUCGCCCUCUACAGGUCUGGAGGAAUGAGCUGUGCACCACAGGACUUUAUGAGCGCUCUUGAUGAGGCUCAGUAAGUGGUUAAGUGACACUAAUGGAGCUAAGACCAAUGAGUUGGGGAAGUGGAGAAGAUAUUUGUUUCUGUAUAUCAUUUCUGUAUGUUUGUAAUGUGUGUGUUCGUGUGUGUCAGUGAAUUAUAUGAUCUGUAUUUUGAAGGGCAUUCCGAUCAGCAAUAUAAGCAUGUCAUUUAAAAGCAUUUCAGUGACCUGAGUGGUUUCACAACUGCUACCUUUCAGAUGAAUCCAUCUGAACUACUAAAAAACCACUAUAAACACUUAAACCAGCAUAACUGAGUCAACCUUCAACUAUUUUGAAUCAGGCCUGUUUUGUUUUUUUCCUCUCACUUCAACAUUUUUACAGAACCUUAUGUAAUUUGAGGAGCAGUAAACCAACUAAACAGCACAAACCUUGUAAGACAUAUAGGUUUAAUGUAACUGAUCAUAUAUCGUCAAUGUCUCAAUAAGUGUGGCAGUUUGAAUUUUAUUUUUGUACUAUUUGGAUAGAAGGGAUAUAUUAUUUGUGAAUACUGGGUUUGGAAAUUGUGUAGUCCUACAUGAAGAAAAUGGCAACUGUG